CCGCGCGCCCGCCCCGCCCGAGCAGCGGCCGCAGCCCCGGCCGGGCCCAGCGGGGAGAUGAACACGGUGCUGUCCCGGGCCAACUCGCUCUUCGCCUUCUCGCUGAGCGUGAUGGCGGCGCUCACCUUCGGCUGCUUCAUCACCACCGCCUUCAAGGAGCGCAGCGUGCCCGUCCGCAUCGCCGUCUCCCGGGUCACGCUAAAAAAUGUAGAAGAUUUCACUGGACCUAGAGAAAGAAGUGAUCUGGGAUUCGUCACAUUUGACAUUACUGCAGAUCUGCAGAGUAUAUUUGAUUGGAAUGUUAAACAGUUGUUUCUAUAUUUGUCUGCAGAAUAUUCAACAAAAAACAAUGCCCUAAAUCAGGUGGUCCUUUGGGACAAGAUCAUGUUGAGAGGAGAUAACCCAAGGCUGUCCUUAAAAGACAUGAAGUCAAAGUACUUUUUCUUUGAUGAUGGAAAUGGUCUCAAGGGAAACAGGAAUAUCACCUUGACUCUCUCCUGGAAUGUUGUACCAAAUGCUGGCAUUCUACCUCUUGUAACAGGAUCAGGACAUGUGUCUGUACCUUUCCCAGAUACCUAUGAAACAACAAAAAGUUAUUAAAUUAUAGUACUGAAUCAUAAGCAAAAUAUUUUUAUACUUGUAUAUUGUGGAUACAUUUUAUUGCAGUUUCUUCUUGCAUCCCAUGCAACUUUUCACUGAAUGGAGCUUAAUUUCCUCAGGAUAGUAGCAUAGGAAAAGAAAAUGAAAAUUCAGGUGUUUUUUUUUUUUAAUAAAACAUUGAAGCUGAAACUUAGGGGAAAGCUAAAUUGCAGAGUAACGGUUUUGAGGGGGAGAACUGAAGAUUUUUUUUUCCUGGCCAUUUAAGUAUAGAUCUCCUUUUCUUUUAAAUAAAUAUUUUUAAACCAGAA